UCAAUGUCAAGUAAAUUCCUGGAAAAGCUGGUUAAAAAGCAGACAGAAUUAAUCAAUGUCAAGUAAAUUCCAAGAAAAGGUGGUUAAAAGCUUCCUCCUAGCAACAGACGACCUUCGGAAAAACCCUGGAGGUCACAUGAUCAGUGAGUAUAUAAGAAGCCCCACUAUACGAGCGAAAUCAGUCUGCACGGCUCGGGUGGACCUACAAGCAGACCGACAACCAGGUAAGCCAGCCAUCUUACUAUGCCCUGUUUGAAUUUUUCUCCUUUCUGUGCCUAGAUGUACUACACUAGGCAAGCUUUGAAUCUUGUACGGGCGCAGACAUAAGGCGGGAAAUUCAAACUUUCCUUUUGCCACUUGCAGAAAUUUAAACGCCGUUUCUUGUUUAGGACGCAAUGGAGCGAGAUUCGCCCGAGCCAAAACGUCAAAAGGUGGAUCAUCAUGACCAGGUACCUCUACAUAUUCUGCUAGAAUAUAUGUUUGAUGGUCCACAUGUCUAUAGGGACAGCAUGGACGAACUCGUCGAGAAGGUGACUCAGGACUUGCCACUCAGUAUGUCCAACCAUUGGAUUUCUCUGCGUACCUUGCUAGAGCGCUGGACCAAAUACCAGGAGACGAUAUAUCCCAAUCAGGAGCAGCACGAACGGGAAUGGAUGAAGAUUACCAAUCCCCUCCGGUUCCAGCCAGAUGGGCAGAGGAGUUACGACGGGUUCCGAAGAGACGAAGAAUUGUGCACGAUGUUAUUCCCGUUGGAAGUCUUGGAGAAGCUGAGAGCCUGUAUCAAACGCUCACGCGAAGCUUUGAGGACCCCCGGUCAGGAUUCGCAUUCACAGCCGUCUCUUUUCACCUCGACGGAUGCCGAAAACCCCACGUGCACGUGGUCCACGACUGCGCAUGGUCGAACGGAUCGUGCCGAUGCGUUGCCUUCUAUGGGAUCCACCGUCGACCAAAUCGCGCUUCGAUUUGGACUAGUAAUGCCACCGGGUGGGACUACUGGCGUCUCGUCGUGUAUCUUGCUACAAACCCCCGUCGGCUCAAGCACUUUGCGGUGGCAGGAGCCGAUUGGCGCGAAUACCUUGGAGCUGCGCCUGUGGAACACGGAGGACAUACUGGAUGUGGAAGCUCACGAACAGUGGAAACAUUACUUGGAGCAUUUCCGAGUACAAGUGCCUGUGAAGACUGCUCCAGAAAUACAGGAGGCGAUCAAGACGCUGUGUCGCUACGCCCAGGAACGAGUACUGCAGGUCAAACCAGAAGACGUCAAAACGCACAUACUGAAGAAUCGCUGUACCGAGUCAUCAUCCAAAAUCCGGUUUCGCCGCUAAACAGUAUAAUCCGAACGCCGGUAUGGCUAGACAGUCCAGACUUGCGCUUUAUACGACUAGACGAUAAACGCUUGCAACGCGCGAUUCAGGUACUUAACGAGCAGCUGUGCAACUGGACUACUCUAGAUUACAUUCAGCUCUAUUCCACAACUAACCCACUUUUUGACGCGCCUCACGGCAACAUUAGUGCUUAUUACAUGGACGUGACCGCAUCGUACGACGCCAUGGUACGUUUGCUCGAGUAUCAACUCGGAGAGGAGGUGCAGGAGUUUGUACACGACUUGUACAAUUUACUAGAACGUCGCGUGCCCAAGAAAAACUGUAUGGAAGUGGUGUCACCCCCUAGUGCAGGUAAAAACUUUUUCUUUGAUGCCGUCAUCAGCUUUUAUAUUAACCGCGGCACCAUUCACAACUUUAAUCGCUAUUCAAACUUUCCGCUCCAGGACGCGGUAGGUAAGCGAGUGCUCAUUUGGAACGAGCCAAACUGCGAAUCUGCUGCAUACGAAACGAUCAAGAAAAUUUUUGGUGGUGAUGUGGACAAUGUAGCGGUCAAGUACUCGCCGGACAUGAUUGUGACGCGGACCCCAGUGAUUGUGCUCAGCAACAACGAGACCUUCCCACGUGACGAAGCCUUCAACCACAGAAUGUUUCGCUACAAGUGGCGCUCCUGUCCAGCCCUCAAGCAGUACGACAAGAAGAUUCAUCCCCUCGCACUCAUCUCCCUCUUUGACAACUACCUGGACGACCAAGAAUACAAACUGCAAAGAAACUUUAAAUAAAUGCUUGAA